GAAGAAUAGAGCAAUGCACACACACAGACUCCACCCACUGACCAUCUGACUCCAGGAGGUUCCCUCCUCUGGGAGGAGGCUCAGUUGUGGGAAUAAAAUCAGAGCAGACACCAGAGGGGCCCAGCUUGCCAGGAGCCUGAGAGUCAAACCUCCUCUCCAGAGGAAGAGCCUAGCCCACAGCAAAGACUAUGGAGCUCACCUCAGACCCUCUCCACAAAGGACAGGUCUCCUGGAGGGGACUCCUACUCACAGCCUUGCUUUUAACCUUCUGGAACUUUGCCACCACUGCAGAACUCACUGUGGAGGCAGUUCCACCACACGCUGGUGAAGGGGACAACGUUCUUUUCCUUGCCCUUAAUAUACCACAGUCACAGAAGUUUAUUAACUGGUUCAGGGGGGAUCGACUUAAUAUGUCAAACAGCAUUAUACGAUUGAUAACACACAGAAGUAAAAUAGAAAGAGGACCUCUCUACAGCAAUAGAGAGACAAUACACACCGAUGGAUCCUUACUCUUCGAAAAUGUCACUAAGAAAGAUGCGGGAGUCUAUUUGCUAGUUGUGACUACGGAAGACUUUGAUGAAAAGAGAGCAACUCUGCAGUUAUAUGUACACGAUCCAGUGACUCCACCCUUCAUCCAAGUCACCAACACCUCAGUCCAAGACCUGAUGUCUAUAUUUCUGACCUGCUUGUCAAAUGACACUGGGAUCUCCAUCCAUUGGCUCUUCAACACUCAGCGUCUGAGAAUCACAAAUAGGAUGAGGCUGUCCCUGAACAACAGCACCCUGCAAAUAGACCCUGCCAGGAGUGAGGAUUCAGGGGACUAUCAGUGUGAGGUAAUCAAGGGAUUCGUUAACAAGAGGAGUGACCGCAUCACUCUGAACAUAAUAGAUCCAGUGACUCCACCCUUCAUCCAAGUCACCAACACCACAGUCAAAGAUAUGAUCUCUGUUUUCCUGACCUGCUUGUCAAACGACACGGAUAUCUCGAUCCAUUGGCUUUUCAAAGGCCAGAGUGUGGAGCUCACAGACAGGGUAAGGCUGUCCCAGAACAACAGCACUCUCCAAAUAGACUCUGUGAGGAGUGAGGAUUCCGGGGACUAUCAGUGUAAAGUAUCCAAUCAAAUCAGUUCCAAGAGGAGUGACCCCAUCCAGCUGGACAUAAAACGUCAACCUCCAAAACCAAUACAUGUACCCUCAUUAAAGGGUAUCAUUGGCAUUGUUGCCCAAUGUCUGAUGGGGCUGAUUGCAGUAAUAUUUGUACUGGUUUUCCUGUGGCGCAGCCAUCGUGGCAGGGAGCCACAAAUUGAGAACGAUAUUAAACAAGUGGACGAUGAGCCAACCAAUCCCAAUGAGCCAUCCAACCCCAAUGAGCCAUCCAACCUCAAUACAACCUCAAAAGAAGCCUCAGAUAUGAAACAUCAAAAGAAAAAGAAGUCAAAAGGCAAGAAGUAAGAGCAUGCUCAGUGAGGACAACUGGACCUGUCCACCCUCAGUCACAUGACAACUCUCCUAAUGAGGUGGAUGGAGCUUCAUAUUAUUUACUGAAGAAAAAUGUCCUGCAACCCAAAUCUAUAACUUCAGUCUUCCCAUCUCCACCAGCAACAGCAACUGUCUUCUGAAGUAAAAACACAGCAAUGGGACCUGU